GGUGAAAUCCAGGGGCUGGGGCUGCGGGACAAGUGUCAGCGCUGCCAGAGACUGGGGAGGCAAAUUAGGUGGCAGGCGCUGGCCGGUGGAGAGGGUCGCAGCCCCGGCCCCCGGGCUGGGGGCACAGGAGGAGGGGGGCUGUGUCCAUAUAAGGCGGCUCGCCGGCCCGGGCGCUCUCCCAGAGCGCGGGCAGCCCGCCUCCUCCCCGCGACCGGGCGCCGCGACAUGGAGCCGCCCGCCGCUUUCUCCGGUUUCCCCGCCCCGCCCUCCGUCGUGCCGUCGGGGCCGCCGCCGUCGUCGCCGCUCGCCGGGGCCGAGCCGGGGCCGGAGCCGGAGCCCGAGGAGGCGGGCCGCGGGGAGCCGGAGCCCGCGCCCGCGCCGGGCCCGGGCCGGCGGCGGCGGCGGCCGCUGCAGCGCGGGAAGCCGCCCUACUCGUACAUCGCGCUCAUCGCCAUGGCGCUGGCGCACGCCCCCGGCCGCCGCCUCACGCUGGCCGCCAUCUACCGCUUCAUCACCGAGCGCUUCGCCUUCUACCGCGACAGCCCGCGCAAGUGGCAGAACAGCAUCCGCCACAAUCUCACGCUCAACGACUGCUUCGUCAAGGUGCCCCGCGAGCCGGGCAACCCGGGCAAGGGCAACUACUGGACGCUCGACCCGGCGGCCGCCGACAUGUUCGACAACGGCAGCUUCCUGCGGCGCCGCAAGCGCUUCAAGCGCGCCGAGCUGCCCGCGCUGCCCGCCGCGCCGCCCGCGCCCGCCGCCGGCCCGCCGCCCUUCCCCUACGCGCCCUACGCGCCCGGCCCCGGCCCCGCGCUGCUCGCGCCGCCGCCCCCCGCCGCCCCCGGGCCCGCGCCGCCCGCGCGCCUCUUCAGCGUCGACAGCCUGGUGAGCCUGCCGCCCGAGCUGGCGGCGGGGCUGGGCGCCCCCGAGCCGCCCUGCUGCGCCGCGCCCGACGCCGCCUUCGCGCCCUGCGCGGCCGCCGCCUCCCCGCCGCUCUACGCGCCGCCGCCGCCCGACCGCCUGGGGCUGCCCCCGGCGCGCCCCGGCCCUGGCCCCGGGCCGCUGCCCGCCGAGCCGCUGCUGGCCUUGGCCGGGCCCGCGGCCGCGCUCGGCCCCCUCGGCCCCGGAGACGCCUACCUGCGGCCGCCCGGCUACGCGCCGCCGGGGCUGGAGCGCUACCUGUGAGCCCCUUCCCCGCGGGCGGGGCUCUGGCUGGGAGCCCCCGUCGCUGCCCGCCGUGGCUCGGAGCGCGCCUCGGCGUCCUGCCUGCCUCGCGGACCGGAAACACCUGUUGCCUCGGCCCCGAUCGCAGGGGAGCCUCCCACUGCCACCCCGAACGGUGGGGCCCUCGCAUCCCGUUCCAACACUGUGAGCCCUCAUCGGGGACCCUCACCCACCCGCCCCGCACCGCCACCCCCAGCGCUGUUUUGGGUCCCAGGUCCCGCAGCCGCAUCACCGUCUGAGCUCCCACCCCAGGUUCCUGGUGAACCCCGCGCCUUCGGAAGCCAGGCGGAGCCCGUCCCCCGAGAGGCCCCUUAUUUCUUCAACCUUCCUUGCUGUUUUUGGAACACAGCAGCGGUCAGACUCGGGUUCGCGAAGUCCUUGCUGUCACCCCUUCGUUCCCUCCCACGUUUGCCCCCCACCCAUCCUAUCUGUCCGUUCUCAGUUUCUUGCUGGGAGAGCCGGCCUCUUCCGCACAGACCACCUGGCCGCGCUCUGCCAGACCCGGAGGACAGUUGCUCCCUGCUGAGACAAGCAGCACCAGGGGCUCCUGACUGCAAGCGGAGUUUGUGGGCUGCCCCACCAUCUGGACAACUUAGGACUUCUUGGGUUAUUACUCUUUUAAAAAUCAAAACUAGUUUCAUUAAAAAGAAAGAAGAAACAAACCUUCUCUGGCUCGGUGUGCUGGCUAAUGACUUGGGCGAGGGGUCUGCGGGGACAGUGGAGAGCUUUGUUCAAGAGGUUGGGUUGCCACGUGGGGUGAGCCCCUUGUGAAUUAUCAGGCAAGGGUUCAUGAAGUACGACUACGAUGUGAUUAAGCCAUAGCCGUGCACACAGUAGGCCUGGUAAAAUGCCAUCACCUGCUGCAUCCCAGAGAUGAAAUAGGGCAUGCAUGGGAGUAUAUUCGGCCGGUGGGUUUGUCUGCUGUGUGGGAUUAUUCCCAGCUCCCGGGGAUGAGGGAGCAUUGGCUACUCCUCCAACUUACUAAAUGUGCCAAGCACUGGGAAUGCCUCACUAAACCAAUGAGCAAGACCCCUGCCCUAAGGAGCCUAUAGGCUGGUGAGGAAGAGACGUUCCAAUCAGUCCUCAGAGAAGUGAGGCAAGAGCUCGUGAGCCUUCCUUGCAAAGUGUGGUCCAGGCACCUGGGAGCUGGGAGUGUGUUAGAAAUGCAGAAUCUCAGGCUUUCGGACCCACGGAAUCAUCAGGUUCCAGAUUUUGAUAAAAUUCCUGGUGAUUAUGCACAGGAUUCUGGGGGAAAGGCACUGGGCCAAGGAUGGGGCUCAAUUUAAAAGGCUAAAUAUACCUACUUUAAGAAGUAGGACCAUGGAGUUCCCGUCACGGCUCAGUGGUAAGGAACUCG